GACACGUCGGAUCGGGGUCGGAUCGGGUGUGAUCGGGGUCGCUGUGGACGCGUGGAGGAUAUUUUUGGGAGGUUCGGAGCUGGUCGGUUUCGGUUUGCUGCGCGUGUCAGGGCUGAGCUGCUGAGCGGAUCAAACUUGGGGUUUUGUUCUGUGGAUUUAUUCAUUCGGGAUUAAAUCUGUCGGUCCGAGGCUGCGGUGGCUGAUCCUGGUCGCUGUCCCUUUGCUGCUGGCUCGCGCACACGGCGUGGCGCGAGGGAUGGUGGAUAAAAUGCUAUGUAAUGCAAUGCAACGCAAUGGCUGUCUGCAGUGUGUACACACGCACGCACAGGCGCGCGCCCGCGCACGCACGCUCGCACACUGACGCGGCGGCGGCGCGCGGGUGCCACAAAGUUGCGGGGCCGUGACCGAACCCUGUGCUGAUCGCUCACCGACAUGCUAACACACCUGUACACACGGCCAUUUUGGAUCUGAUGGAUCACGCGUGGAUCAGCUGAGCGAGGGUGGGGGGGGUCCACUUCGCAUCCAAGGUCACGCUGUGGUUGAAUCACGCAUCUCACGCACGCACAAACACACGCACAAACACACGCACAAACGCGCACGGUUCCCAUUGGUCACCUGUGUCUUUGUUUUUCUCUCUCUCGGAUGGCAAAGCGACCCUAAAUAAAACAAACACCCACCCCCGACAUGGAGGGGAAGAAAGUGAAGCAGAACCGGAGGUGCCGCGCACACCGGGAGCGCGUCCAGCGCGUGCGCCGCCGCGAACCGAGCCCGUCUUCAGGGUCCGAGCGGGAGCGCAGGGCCGCACAUUGCGCCAAACCAGUGCGCACCAAACCCUCCACCCUGUCCGCAAAAACACCCGCCUUGCCAGCCUUGCCGUCCUCGUGCUUGUUCAAAUCUGCCCCCGCUCCCCCCUCCACGCGUGGGGCCCCACGCAGGAAGCGCCGUGUCUCCAGCCCACGCGAGGAUGAGGAUGAGGAGGAUAUCAUCGACGGCUUCGCCAUCUCCAGCUUCAUCAGUAUGGAGGCUCUGCAGCAGAGGAGCGGCGCGGUGAAGCCGAACGCUCAUAAGGAGCGGAGAUGGGAGGCGAACGGCGGAGUGAAACGGCAGAAGGAGAACCAAAGCCAGAAGGAGGAGGUGAUGGAGGAGGUGAUGGAGGAGGUGAAGGAGGAGGAGGUGGAGGAGAACGCCUUCGACCUGCCCAAUACCGACCACACCCAUGAGAGGCUGCUGCAGAGGACCUACUCCAACAAGAACAAACGGUUUAAACGGAUCCUCAGUCAGAACGUCCGGACGGUGACGGAACCCAAAGUUCCCGACACGGACUCCCUGGCAAACCGGAGCGGCUCCAAGGAUCGCCUGAGUGAGAGCUCCACACACUCUCUGUCGGGACGCGGAUAUUCGUGCGACAGCGAGAGCGACGCCGACGACAAGGCGUCUGAUGUUGGAUCUGAGAAGCUCUUCUCCCCGACGGCACCUAAAGCCGUGACGUCGAAGGAGAGUUUCGAGUCCAAGGUCUGCGUUGCGGCGAAGAUCUCGGGUCUCCAGCGCAGUCAAGAGCAAAGCACCGUCGUCUCCUUCGCCCCGCCCGCCCCGAGCCCCGCCCCCACCACCAGCCCCAUCCCUGCUGCCACAGCAACGCCCAAAUCUCCUCCCCCCAUCGCCAUCAAGGAGGAAUCCACCGUCGUUUCUAACCCAGACCCCGCCCCUCACUUUCUGACGAACCAGUCAGAGCUGCAGGAUCACAAAGUCCCGCCCCCCAGCCACCACAAUCCACCAAUCAUCAGCCACCGCCAUCUGACGUACGGACUCCACGACAUCAGUAACAGCCCCUCCUCACUGCCCCCCAGACUCCCCCUUCCACCCUCCCCUGCACCCGCGCCCCCCCUCCCUCUGUCCAUCGCUGCCCUGUCGUCCCCUCAUUACCCCCUGCCCUCAUCCUCUCAUCUGUCUCAGCUAUCACGCCACCCGGCCAUGUUCGCCCCCCCAACCGCCCUUCCUCCCCCUCCAGCACUGCCCACCAACAGCCUGGUGGUACCCGGCCACCCCGCCGCCACGCCCUACCCAGAGCAUCACGACCUCCUCCGGCAGGAGCUGAACAACCGCUUCCUGGUGCAGAGUUCGGAGCGGGGUCGGCCGGCGGUGGCGGCGGCGGCUCCGGGCCCCAGCGCCUCGCCGCUGUCCCAAAUGUCGCUCCUGAGGGCGGAGUUUCACCAACACCAGCACAUGCACCAGCACCAGCACACGCACCAGCACACCUUCACGCCCUACCCCGCCGUCAUUGGGCCGCCCACUGCACCGCCCAUGGUGCGUACCUCAGCCAGAAAUUUUGAUAAAUACGCUCCCAAACUGGACAAUCCCUUCCUGCGCCAGUCCAGUUUCUUUUCCUCGUACCCUCCAGCGAUGCCAGGCAUGCCCCCUCUACUGCCCCACCCGGGGCCCUUCAGCUCCCUGCAGGGAGCCUUUCAACCAAAGGCCUCAAACUCGAUCGACGUAGCGGGCAGACCGGGCGCCGUCCCUCACACCCUGCUCCAGAAAGAUCCGCGGCUGACGGAUCCGUUCAGAACCUCGGUGAGAAAGCCGGGGAAGUGGUGCGCGGUGCACGUCCAGAUCGCCUGGCAGAUCUACCACCAUCAGCAGAAGAUUAAGCAGAUGCAGCUGGACCCUCAUAAACUGGACAUUACCGGUAAACUGGAUUUGUUCAGCAGACCUCCAGCCCCGGGCAUGUUCCCCGGAUUUCCCUACUCUCACGACCUCGCCCGACCUCUCUUCUCCUCUACAGGAUCCGGACAUCCGGCCGCUUCGCCCUAUGGCCCCGCCCCUCAUCACAGCAGUUUCCUGCCUCCCACUCAUUUGGCAGGUAAGCAUGCUUUCAGUCGCUCCGGUUCUUUCGGAAAUCUGGGCAACCUUUCAGCUCAUGCUUUCGGGGGACUCGGAAACCCCUCGCUGGCCCCUAACAGCAUGUUCGGACCUAAAGACGGUCCGGCGCUGCCCGGGUUCAGCAGCCCGAGCCAGGACUCGUGGAACCGGCUACACCGAACCCCACCCUCCUUUCCACAGUGGCCCAAAGUCAGCGAGGGGGAGAGGAGCAGCUCGGCCAACAGCCACGAGCGAGAGAAAGAGCGAGAGCGCGAGAGAGAGCGAGAGAAGCGAGACUCCUCCAUCGGCAAGGACGAGAAGGAUAGAGACAGGGACAGUCGUCAUUCGAACCGUUCCUCUCCCGCCUCCGCUCCCGUCAGCUACCAGAUCAGCAGCCUGAUUCGCUGCAACAGCGGCGGCAGCACCGGCGACAUGCCGCGCAGUCACAGCGACCGUCUCCAUGGUGACGCCGGGAGAGAGAUGGGCUCGGGCGUUCUGUCGGAGGCGAGAGCGAAGGACCGGAGUCGCUCGCCGUCGAAAGACUGCAUCGAGCGCAGCGCCUCGUCUUCCUCAAUCGACUCCUGCAAACUGGUCCUGCGCUCGCCGUCUCCGUUCAAAAGCAGCGACCCUGCGCCCAUCAAGAUGGCCGACAGGAAGCUGACGUCGCCGGGGGCGAUUCACAAGAUCAAGAACGACUCCACGAAUAUCAAAGAGGAGCGCAAGGAACAGGAGCAGGAUCAGGACGUGCUGGUGCUCGGCUCCGAACCCUCCUCGCAGACUUCCACUCCCAACCAGGCUCCGCCCCUCCCGCCGCCUCAGCACCAGGCUCCGCCCCUCCCGCCGCCUCAGCACCAGGCUCCGCCCACAAUCCCGCACUCUCUGCCGUUCGUGCACCAGAUGGGCAUGCUCGACCGCGCCCGUCUGGCUCCGUUUGUAGGCAUGAGCCACUUCGCGUCGGCAAACCGCGACCGCUUUCCUCACGCGGCUUUCUCGUGGGAUCCGUUACGCGAGGCGUAUCGGAACCUGGACCUGCAGAGACGGAUGGACUUCCAGAUCCGAUCCGAACCCGGAACUCGAUUCCCGGGGAUCUACGAGCCGGAUCGGAAUUACCGAGACCGAGAGCCGCACGAGUACUCGCACCAUGAUCACUUACUGGAGGUGCGCAGGGAGCAGGAGCGGAUGAGGCAUCAGGCCGAGGAGCGGGAGCGCCUUCACUUACGUGACGAACUGGAACGCGCCCGACUUCACCAGCUCCAUCAGUCGCCCAUGGAAGGACACUUACCCCACAUGCCGCCGUUCCUCCCGCACCUAGGGGUGAUGCCGUAUCGGCCUCCCCCGACGGCGGCGCUCAGCGCCCCACCGCCGCUCGUACCCUCCAUUCGCCCCGGUUCGCCGAGACGGACUACGCAACAAGACACGAGGGAAUAUUCACCGUCGCGCAAUCCUAAAGAAGUCGAGGCACGGUAACGGCGACGCCGCGGCCGCCCGGACGUCUGACGUGCACUUAUUACUUUUCCGUACUGUAUCAUUUGUACAAACAGAAUUCUUACCUCGGAUUACAAAGCACAUCGUACGCUUGCGUUUUAUAUCCGCGCGGACGAGGACGAGGCGGCAACCACAAAGAAUUUGAUAUUAACAUUAAUAUAUCGAUCCGGCGGCUUUUUUUAUUUCCCGUGUGACCAAGUGAAGAUUGAAACCAGUUCGUUCUCCUCUCCGUGUACAGACGCCGUCGUUUUUUUUUUACGGAUUAGCCUGCGCCCGUGUUUAGCCUCAGUCAGACGGUGUGGUGGAUGUAAAGCGGAUCUGGACAGUCGUGACUGGAGAAUAAUUGUGCUGAGCGUGUACCGUGUUCUAUUCGCCCCUCUCUCUGUUUUUGCCUGUUUUUCGCUCUGGAGAUGCAGAAUUACGUAUCACAAAUAUUCCUGUUGGCUUUCUGUAAGUUAUUGUAAAUAUCUGGUUGAUUUGACCUCGGAACUGAACGUCGGCGUUGUACAGUUUAGACUUUUUAAAUGUUUCUAGAAAAAGCGAAGCAGCGGUCAGAAACCGUGGACGGCGGUUCGAACUUGUCGAGUGGUGAGCUGGCAUCUAUGCAAAGAGGAAACGGAAGGCUCCGAUUGGACGGCUCGCGGUAUCUCGCGGCUGACGUACCCCGGCGAAUCCUCCCGGCCGUGUCUGAACUCUAGGAGGGAACCGUGGGUGAGCGGGCGCUGACGGACUGUCUCUGUGGAACCUUGUGGUGUUGUGCAGUUGUUCUUUUCUUAGACUCUUGUAUACAGAACACGUAGAGUUUUAGGCGUGAAAAAAAAAAAAAAAAAAGAACAUUCAUGGUUUAAAAAUGUACGGAAUAAAGGUCGGACCUGAUAUCUGCAUCA